UUGACAGCCAAAGCAGCAUUUAAAAUAAUGCAUGAUAAAGUAAACAAAAUUUUCAAACCCACAAAACUUCCACCGUUGGCAAGACUUAGAAGAAUAAAUGUAGAUUCUCCCGCUGAAAUUGAAGAGAGUAACGUCGAAGCAACACCAGAGACGCAAACAAAAGAAAUGGAAGACGCAGAAGAGGCGGAAGGUGUCAUUGUAGCGGAAAUUACUAUCCCCUCUGAUAUAAUAUCUGAUCCAACCGACGUUUUUCUACCAAUAGAUGCGUUACACCUGAGCCAAAUUUCUGUAGACAGUUACAUUGAUACUAUAACAACUGAUCCAGAGAACGGCUUUCUAUCAGAAGAUGCGAUAAACGUCAACCAAAUUACAUUUAAUAAUGAGAUUCGCAGAAUUAUCAACUUUGAUAAUCUGGAAAUGAUAAUUGAUGAAAAUACAGAGAAGGAAACAGAUGAAAAUGAAGAAAACUCCAAUGGAAGCGAGAUUAAUCAGCAAUUGACAAGUCAACAGGAGCUUAUAGCUGCAGAAAACUCGGAAAGAUUAAUCAACUUUGACAAUCUGGGAAUGGUAAUCGGCGAAGAUACAGAGAAGGAAACAGAUGAAAAUGAAGAAAACUCCAAUGGAAGCGAGAUUAAUCAGCAAUUGACAAGUCAACAGGAGCUUAUAGCUGCAGAAAACGGAAAGUAA